CGCGUAGAGGAGGUUCUUAUCGGGACUGCAAUAAAUAAAUCUACCUUAGCAACGGCUGGUAUAGACUUUAAAGCGUGGUGUAGCAGGAAGUCAAAGUCAUAGAUAACCAUGUCGGACGGCCAGAACAGCACACCCCGAGAGAAGAAAAGAGUCAACAAAAUAUACAGAGCACCAACUACCCCUCCUCCGGAGGAGCUUUUUACUAAAGAGAAAAGUUUUGUAUUAGAUUGUAACGCGGUCAGUAGUAUCUCUAAUGAUUAUUCUAAAGCUAAUCCUAAGUUAGGUCCCGUUAUUACGCCUUAUAACUCGAAAAAAGAUAUGCACGUUAAAAAUUAUUUUGAAUUUCACGGGGUUGACAAGACCUUAAAGAAGACAGGUCAGUUUAAAAAUGGAGAAUCGAUUGAUGGUAAAGUGAUGGAUUUUUUUCAUAAUCAAGGUGCUGGUUAUAGAUACUUAUCUAGAAGAAAUAUGAAUGGAGCAGGGAGAUCUCGAGAAUUUGUAGAUGGUCAUUCACAAUUCAUGCAGGAUGUUAAACCCGUUAUAGGCUAUAAUGGUCAGUUUGGUUACAGACGAAAUACACCUUGGCUCAGAGAAAGUCCUUCGCCAUUUGGUACCAGCUCGCGUUCCCCUACCAGUUGAACUAUACAAAGUAUAAAAUCCUAAAGAAAACUUUAUUUUUAAAUGAGAAAUCGAUCUGUGAGAAGGAUAGCAUAUAAAAAACAUUAGUGUCACUGUCAAAUCAGAUCGAAUUUUGGGUGCAUAAUGCGAACCAUUCUUUAUAUUUGAAAUUAACUGUUAAUUUUCCGACCAUAAUUCCUGAUUACUGUACAAACAUUUUUGGUGAAUCAGUUUGAAUUUUUUCUUUGUUUUUUUUCCUGAGAACUAUCGCAAAUCAUGUUUACGUGAAAUAUGUUUUAUUUCUUGAUUUACAACAAGCAUACAAUAUUUCUGAUUAUAAUGGUAGUACAAUCUUCGUUUUGGUAUUCUUUUGAUUACCAAUCUGAAUUUUCUCAUUCACGAGGAAGUAAUUCAUGUUUAUUAAAAUCAAUUUCGUAUUAUCUUUAAGUGAGAUAUGUUUUAUUGUUCAUUUACUUUAAACAAUCAUAGUUUCUGAUUUUGUUGGCAGUACAAUCAUUUUCUUGUGAAUUAGUUUGACGUUGCCUAUUUGCAAAAAUCUGAUUACAUGAAUUUUCCUGCCAAAAUUCAAGUUACGGUUCGUGAUUGUUUUAGACCGUGUUUUGACAGUAGAAUAAUAUUCACUGUUAGCUUGUUGCAUCAAUAAUUUAAAUCUGUUGUUUAAUUUAUUAAGCACGAUAAUUUUUUUUAUUUAUACAUGUAUUAUAAUAAAUUAAUGUUGUUUUCAUUGAUCGUAUAUUUUAUAGUAUUAUUUAUUAAUCAGUAUUAUUGUUCAUAUUAUGACUAGAAUAAAAUGUAUUGUAAAUAUU